AUGUUCUGGGCGUUUGUAAUUCCCUGUUGGAUACUAAUCGCUGUAACGGGACUACAAGCUCAACUGAGUUGCCUCGCAUGCGAUAAAACUACUCCUGAACAAGAUCAGGUGCAGUGUUUUUGGGCCAAGAAAUCAGCAAAGUCUUUGCUACUGCUUUCUCUACUUCUGUUCACAUUAUGGUUCAUGAUACUUUCUGCUGGUAAUGAGCAGAUUUUCUACCUUUUUAUACUCGCCACCCUUAUAGCAAUUCUAACUGGCCCGGGCCCCGACCAAAUUCCUAUGUUCCAGACCUGCCAAAAAUGGAGCACACGUGGAUGUUUUGGGUGUUUUUACAAAUUAUGUCCUGAGAAACCGAAAGAAAAACCAAAGGCUGAACCGAAAGAUCCGCUUGAUGAUGACGACGACGAGCUUGCACCGCAGGAGCCUGCACCGACUACUCAACCUGCCCCACAGCCCGAAAAGGUAGCACCUCCAGAAAAAUCUCAUGACCCAGCAAUAAAAGAGGAAAAGGUAUUGGUUCCGCCGCAUCAUUACAUGGAAGGAGGGUUGUCUGAACACCGUGUCGAAGAUUGUAAUCCUUUUACGCAUCGGGUUAAGCUUAUUGGUAGGAGUAUUAUCGAAUAUUGGGUUUCUGUGGACUGUAGGUACAAGUCAGUAGGUCAGACAUCCUAA